AUGGAGAAUAGUUUAGACACCCUUCACGAACUACAAAGAUUUCCUGGAUAUUCAAACCAAACCUGCUUCUACUCUUUCAAUCCAGCCUACAUUGGCGACCGACAGGCUAAGAUAACCUUGUACUUCCGCGAUGAUGCUGGGGCGAGUCAAGCUGAUGAGGCUGAAAAUGUUCUCGCUGACGACGCUAAUGAUGUGAAUAAACUGGAGAUGAAAAUGGCUGGUAAUGAUCACAGAGAUGAUGAUGACGAUAAUAAUAAUAAUAAUAAUAAUAAUAAUAAUAAUAAUAAUAAUAAUAAUAAUAAUAAUAAAAAUGAAGUCCCAGUAACAGUUAUAGAGUCUGCCUCGAUAUGUAACAAUGGCGUCUACAACGAGUGUAUUGUUGAUGGGGUGUUCAUGCGAAAUAACUUCUGGCGGCAAAGGAACUUGUUGAAAGGUAAAAAAGAACUUACCGCUUACCUGAACUACCACAAUGGUGGUUGCCAGCAAAUCACCAGGAGAAAAUAUGUCAUCAGAGAUGUUGAUGUACAUCCAGUGUUAGACGUGACAUCAUCUUUAAACGGUAGAGAAACUUAUAUCGGAUACUGCGAUUUCUUAUGGACCAGAGUUGAUGUACAGCCGAAUAGAAAAUUGAACAGCUCAUACGCGUCUGUUGGCUUGUAUGAGUACAACACUAAACCCGAUAACUUCACAAAAAACGCCAACAAUGUAUACGUCAUUGUCAACAAAAAAACUAAAAGGAAACUUCUGCUCACAGACCAUUUCGAAGAAAGAAAGCAUUUCAAAUUUAAAUCAAUUAUAUUCUCUUACGACAUGAAUACGUUGCUGGUCACGGUGAGCCUGCAUGUGCAUGGACCCCAACAGAUGUUCCUAUCGGCUGAACUCAAUUCCUCUCGCGUGCUAAUUACGUACCCUCUAUCCAAAACGAGAACGCGUCUGAUAGCAAGAGGCCGGACGAUGAUGGGACUGGGGCACCUCUUCGAGAAACCACUACCGCCAGUGCACAACAACCUGACGUGCAAGUGCACCAACUGCAAAUACCAGGAGGACCUGGCGAAUGAUUAUUUCAUCUACGAUGACGUGGCCGCCAUCGAGUCAGCAUGGCAGAUACGCUGUUCCUAUGUGCAGUGCGCAACCGUCUUCUUAUGGACCGACCGGAUGGUCGAGAUACCAGGAACAUUAAAAAAGUUAGUGAUAUCAAAAGAUGGCGCAAAAGCAGAAAUAGGAAUGUGCCCGAGUGGCUGGACCAGGGUUGGGAUAACUCCCGAAAACAAUUUUCCCACCAACGUGACGUCAUUUCAUUCCGGAAUUUAUGAAUGUCGGGAGGGGGUGAGCAACGUCAUGCUGAAGAUUUCCGUUAUUUGGGUCUUUACAUUCGAUGACGAUAUUAAGCCAGAGAUCAGUGCGAAGUUAUUUUCAAAGAACGACAAGCUGAUACACUGCCCUGACGGUAUUCACAAUAGGCUAACCUUCGAUCAGCAGAUUCUUGAUAGAAAUGUUGGAGGCUGGUACAUGUUUAAGGAUUCCGAGGGUUUCACCGCUAAUUUUAGCAGCGAGAUCAUAGAUUUGAUGAUAAUACCGUCAGAAUUUGGGAACGAGAUAGUUUUCAACGCCAACGUCAAUUGCACGAACGACGUGCUCUCCGCGCACAUUUGUUCAUGCGUCAAUUUCACCUGCCUUAAAAACUUUCCGUACAGCUUUACAAUACUGAUGUUGGUCAUGUUAACAGGCCUCUCAGCUCUGGGUGUCGUCACUUAUAAAUUUUACCAUAAGAAUGAUAUUUCAGACGAUGAUUUAGAUAAUUUGGAAAGCGCUAUGGAAAAGUUAGGCGCUAGUAAAGUGGCAGUUGAUGGUGAGGAUGAGUAUGAUGAUGCCGUAGAAGUGGAUGCUGAUGAAGAGGAGAACAUCCUGACCAUCGCUCAGCAUGUGUCCAAGAGAGCUAAUGCCAGUGAAGAUGACGAGCCAUCUGAAGCUGUCCUCAAGAUCAUCACUCAAAUAUGGAUGAUGAGUAAAGCGAUGAAAGCCAAGCCCGGAAAGAAACUCACAAUAAAUCAAUUCCUGAAGUCACUGCCCCCUCGUACCCACGAGUCAGAGUCACCAAUAAAACGCGUAAAAUCUCUCGGCAGAAGUGUACAUUUCUCAGAAAAACGUUUAAAAAUUUUUGGAAAAAUCUUUCGGGAUUUUGGCGAAGAUCAACGGACAUCCGUAAAAAUGUCAUCGAAACCGAGAAAACUUGGAAAAUUUACCCUAAAUCGUAAAAAAACCACACGCAAUUCCGUAAAUGUCGGGGGGCAAACUCCUGGCAAGGACAUGCGAAUUUCCGAAAAUUCGUUAGGAUCGAACGUAUCUAUCGAUUCGUUUGACGUUAUAAGAAUCACUCAUUUAUCUUCAGGCACAAUUGAUAGCUCUACUACUGCAGAUAGCACUGAAAAAUAA